AUGUCGGAGAUUAUGCGGAAGGUUGAAAAGGUCGUCCACGGGCACCAGUAUGAGACAGAUGACACGGGUCAAGGUGAUUUACACGAUUCAGAUUUAGCGAACAAGCUUGAUCCACGUGUUCGGACGGAAAAUGGUGAUGCCCAUUCGCCGCAACCCACCACUGUCUCCAGGGGUGUUCAAACAUCCGGAAGUAUCAUGACAGAUGGAUCCACGGGUGCCGAAACGACUGAUGACGCCAACCAGGAUGAUCAAAAUGAUUACUCAGGAGAAGACUGCAAUACCCAGAAUAAGUCGGAUGCAAGGCCAGUAAGGCCUAUCAAACAGGAUACCUUGGUCGGUUGUUGAGCAUAC